CUGUGGGUGUGUUUUUCUUUUAUUCUUCAGGAUCCCUCUGUCACUCAGGUGACCACCUCUAGUGCUGAACCAGUUGACCAGUACAGCCCGUUCCCCCAGUCCAAUGAUGGCCUGGCUACUCAGACAACUCCCUACCAGCCGGCCGUGUUGCAGCCAUCCACAGAGCCCAGUCCACAGGCAUCUGCUGCAGCAGCUCAGGCCAACCUGCUGAGGCAGCAGGAGGAGCUGGAGAGAAAAGCUGCCGAGCUGGACCGCAGGGAGCUGGAGCUAAAGAGCAGAGGAUCGACAGGCAAAGAAAACAACUGGCCUCCACUUCCCAAGAGUUUCCCCAUCAAACCAUGUUUCUAUCAGGACUUCUCGGAGGAAAUCCCCACAGAGUAUCAAAGAGUCUGCAAAAUGAUGUACUAUCUCUGGAUGUUCAACUGUGUGACUCUGUUCCUCAACCUGCUGGCGUGCCUGGCUUACUUCACCACCGACGCAACCUACGGCGUGGACUUUGGCCUUUCCAUUCUCUGGCUCAUCCUCUUCACUCCCUGCUCCUUCCUCUGCUGGUACCGACCUGUCUACAAGGCCUUCAGGACGGACAGCUCCUUCAGCUUCUUCUUCUUCUUCUUUGUAUUCUUCUGUCAAGUGGUGAUUUUCAUCAUUCAGUCUGUGGGCAUCCCCAAGUGGGGCAACAGUGGUUGGAUCAGUGCCUUCACCAUCAUCGGCACCAACAAAGCGGUGGGAGCCAUCAUGAUCAUCGUGGCUAUCCUCUUCACUAUAUGCGCUGUUAUAUCUGUUAUCCUGCUCAAGAUGGUCCACAGCAUGUACCGCCGCACUGGGGCCAGUUUCCAGAAGGCUCAGCAGGAGUUCUCGCAAGGCGUCUUCACCAAUAAAACCUUCCAAACAGCCGCCGCCGGAGCCGCCUCCUCCGCCGCUCAGGGAGCCAUGCGGGGAAACAACUAG